AUGAACAACCCCGAUGAUUCAGUGAAAUAUCCAGUUUCAACUACCUACAUCUAUCCACCUGUCAUAAUACCCUCGUCUCCGUUCUCUCCCACCCCUCUGCCUAAAAGAAACAUGAGUCUCAAACUCUGGGCCCUGUUCCUCUUCGCCACCGGCGCAUUCGCCAAAUGUCGGCUAAGCGCCAAAUAUCCAGAAUGCGAAUGGAAUGGCAGCGCGCCUUUCUGUAAAGGCGCAAAGGAGGGUAGUAAGCUCUUUGCCGAAAAAGGGAUGAAGUUCAUUGUCGGUACUUCGUCAUAUGAGAGGUUGCCAUACGAUGUCAGUCAGUCACCAUGUAAGCAUGACUUCGGUCAUACUUGCCAGCGGUUCUUCGAGAAAACCCUUUGGUGUAAACCGAAGGAUUGA